UUUGUUUAUGUAUUCACGAUUUUGCAUAAUUAAUUUGUCUAGUGUGAGCAACAUUACUUUAAAUUGUUAAAAAUUUACACAUUCUUACAGAAAAAAAUUCAAGCAGUUGACAUAUUCCACAGAUGUUGCCUCAAAAACAACUGAAUGCCAAAAAAUACAUAAUUUUGCUGGGUCUCUGUGUGCUGGCAUUUCUACCAUUUCUACGAUUAAUAAUAACUGGUUCCUCGAAUAUGGGGCACUGUAUAUUUUGUGAGAUUUCUGCGGGAAAACAACCAAAUACUGUGAUUGAUUUUGAAAAUGAAGAUUUUGUCAUAUUCAAAGACAUAAAGCCAUCAUCAACUUACCAUUACUUGGCUGUACCAAAGCGGCACAUAGAGAGUUUGAAAUCAUUGACAAAGAAUGAUAUAGGAUUGGUGGACAGCAUGGAACAAGGUCUAAAGUCGUUUUUUGAAAAGAAUAAUAUCAGCACAACAGAUGCUUUAUUUGGUUUUCACCUGCCGCCUUUCAUUACCGUAAAACACCUGCAUAUGCAUGGAAUAGCUCCUCGAUCCACGAUGUCCUUUAUACAUAGGAUGAUGUUCAAAACUGGAUCCGCGUGGUUCAAAACGGUUGAAGAGGCGCGACAAUAUUUACAAGAAAAAUCAUAAAUGCUGUCUAAACCGGAGAGAGUUUUAAAAUCAAAAAAUACUUGAAGCAUCAAGGAAGAAUUUAAUUGAGUCGGAAGGACUAGGUUUAGGGUGUAAUUAGGCGGUUAUUGCCAGUGAUAUAUUGUUUGAUAUAACUAUUAUACAUACGUAAUUAUGAAUAAAAAUUUAAUUUUUAAAGCUA